CACUUGCCGUAAAGCCUCACCCGAGGAUUGAAUGGAACUUUAUUGCCACACCCUUGUUAACAACCAACAGUGUCCUUCACCGCCUCUACUUUUUGGUUGGUUUGACGGGAAAAGCGCUCUUUUGUGGACCAUGGCAGCAAAAGUGUUACCUGUGAUCAAGCUGGCCACUAAGCUGACCAUUGCAGGAGGGGCUCUCUAUGUCGCCUAUGAUUCCGGGCUCCUGGGCAGCAGUGAGCAGGGCGCCGAGGCUUUGGGGCGGGCCGCAUCAGCCAUACCACCCGCUGUAGAGGAGUGGAUGAAGUACUUUGGCCUGGAGGCUCAACUUCCAACAAUACCGAAGGUUGAAUUCUCCCCUGUCCAAACUUGGAAUUCAGGAGUGCGGUGGUCCAUUUCAGCUCUGUCAGACGGUCCGAGGAAAGCAGCUGACUAUUCCAGUCAGGGUUUGCAGUAUGUGAAAGACCUCACCAAGUAGAUGCUUAUUGUUGGUAAUAUUCAAGACAUUGCACUCAACUGACAUGUCCUCAAUGCCUAUAGAAGAAGCACGCAUGUUGAAAUCAGGGUUCCCCUAAAGAGGAAUGAAUGUGCGGGUUAUGUUGUACAUAAUGGUAUAAGGUGAAAAUAUGUUUUUAAAAAACAAUAACUUAAAUUGUCUAUUCUUUAAAUGCUUACACUUGUGUGAGUGAAUUAGAUAUUCUCAAUAUGUUUUCUAACACAUUAGGUACACUUGCACCAUCUAAUCACAUGCAAAAGCUGUGUGUCAAAGACCCUGAUUGUUUGCCUAAUUGUUAGAACUCGGAGGACAAAGUUGAAGUUAGUAUGUCAGCCUGUGUAGUUUUUGCACAAAAAAGAAAAAGCAGGCUGACUUUCUUUUCCCUGUGUAAAAUUUAAAGCCAUUUAUGUGAACAAAUUUUUGAUGAACGUUCGUUCUGCAUCUAAGAAUAAAUUGUGUUACCCUA